GUCCCGUGCAUUGAGCUCUGGCAAGUUGCCAUUCUACCAAGUGAACUUCAUUAGCAGGCGUACAAAAAGUACAACUUGCUUGCUAUAUGACAAGCUUGUGAGUAUUUGCUUGUUAGUCACGUGAAAUCGUUAACGACUCACAGGAGCCUUGCGGAGGGGCUGUGUGAACAUCGGCGCCUAAUGCGGCGGCGGAUAGCUCAUCUCAAGAUGAUGAUGUCGCUGGAGCCUACUGGUAACAGCAUUCGAUAUCUAAUUCCGCGUUGGAGAAAUUUCUACAAAUACAAACACAGCUUCGUCUUGCCUCGAUCCCUAUAGCCGGAAUCAUGGCGACUCUUGAGAAAUCUCCUUUCGCGAACGAUGAAUAUACCGUCGGGUGGGUUUGUGCUCUUCCAAUCGAGUUUGCAGCAGCGAGGGGAAUGAUAGACGAGGAGCACGGACAACCACAGUCUGCACCAGCCGAGUCAGAUAAGAAUUCAUACUUUUUGGGCUCCAUGGGUAAGUUCAAAACCGUGGUAGCCUGCCUCCCCCUACAUCAGCUUGGGUCUCCUCAUGCUGUAGCUGCGGCAAAAGAAAUGCUCUUUACUUUUCCAAAGAUCCGGGUGGGACUGCUCGUCGGAACUGGCGCAGGAAUUCCAGACAUCGACAAUGACCUGGACAUUCGUCUUGGUGAUGUUGUCAUUGGGAGUAGCCCCGGGAGUGGUGGCGUCAUUGUCUAUGACUUUGGGAAGAUACGUGAUGGGGAAUUCGAGAGCCUUUCAGUGUUGAACCGCCCUCCAAAGGCUUUGGGCACUGCCCUAGGGAAGCUUCAGGCUCUCCACGAGAGCAGAGAGAAUAUGGUGGCUCAUUAUGUUGAGGAGAUGUUGGUGAAGCACCCUCUCAUGCGGAAAAACUACACCCAUCCUGGCCAGUCGUCCGAUCGGCUCUUCCAGGCCAAUUACCGUCAUGUUUCUGGUUCUAAGAACUGCAACAAGUGUGAAGCAUCUCAACACGUCGAGCGAGAGCCGCGGCUGGAUGAGAAUCCAGUGAUCCAUUAUGGAACCAUAGCAUCUGGCAAUAAGGUUGUCAAAGAUGCAGCGGUACGCGAUGAAAUACGGGACAGACAUGGGGCAAUGUGUCUGGACAUGGAAGCAGCUGGCUUGAUGAACAACUUUCCAUGUGUUGUGAUUCGUGGGAUCGCAAAUUAUGGAGAUUCUCAUAAGAAUGAUCGCUGGCAAAGGUUUGCGGCAGCAGCAGCGGCAGGCUGUGCAAAAGAACUCAUGCAACAUAUACAGAUGAAUUCCCUUGAUGGGGAGCCUGCAGCAAAGGACCUUCUGAGUCAAGUUCAUGAUGAAAUUGCAAAAAUCAGCAGCUUUGCAAUCACAGGACAAACUAGACAGGUUCUCGAAUGGCUCACUCCUUUGGACUUCGACAAAUGUCAGAAUGAUUACAUGCGAGUUACAGAAGAAGGAACGGGUCUAUGGCUUUUGAAAUCUCCAGAGUUUACGCAGUGGAUGAGCCGUCCAAAUCAAACGCUUUUCUGCCCUGGUAUUCCGGGGGCUGGAAAGACUUGCAUAUCUGCCAUUGUGGUGGAGCAUCUAAGAAAGAAUACACAGGAAAACCCCGAGAUUCAAGCUUGUUAUAUCUUCUGCAGUUACCAACCUAGCCAUCAACAAAGGAAUGCCGAUAUCAUGCUGAACCUUCUCAGACAGCUAGCUGUCAAAGGUUCAAGUCUUCUCGCAAACAUUGAGAACAUACACAAACGACAUUCCCAAGACAGAACAAUCCCGACUGCAGCUGAGAUUGAGUCCGAGAUUUUGAGAACAGCUAAAUCUUAUGAAAUGAUCUAUAUUGCCAUUGAUGCCCUCGAUGAGUACUGCACUUCAGCACCAGACGAGCUGCAUAAUCUGCUCACGCAACUAUUCAAUCUCCAGGAAAACGCCCCUGUCAAUAUAUUUGCGACUUCUCGUUUCAACACGGAGAUCAUGGCUAGAUUUGAAGGAUGUUUGACAAAAGAGAUCCAAGCCCACCCAGAUGAUAUCGAAAAGUACAUCAACCGCAAGCUGCCCGGGUUCCUCUCGAAGAUUUCAUCGGACCCUGAAAUCCAACAAAGCGUUCGUCAUGAGGUGGUGAAGCGUGCAGAUGGAAUGUUCUUACUGGCUAAGCUUGAUAUAGAGCAUCUGAUACAUUGUCCCAGUCGUGGGGCUCUAAAGAAAGCUCUUUUCUCGCCAUCAUAUGACCAGAAAAGCCUUGAAAUGGCCUACCAGAAAGCAAUCACGAGGAUAACGUCACAAAAAGAAGAAUGUUUCCAAAUAGCACGCAGCACUCUGGCUUGGCUGACCUACAGCAGAAGAGCCUUAUUUGCAAAGGAGCUCCAACAUGCCCUUGGUACAGAGCUUGGGAAGACUGAAUUGGAUCCGGACUUUCUACCACCACUUGAUAUUAUCGAUUCUCUGUGUGCAGGUCUGGUGGUGUUUGAUCGGAAUAGCGGCAUAAUCCGUUUAGCCCACUACACAACGAAGGAAUUCCUAAUCGGAAACCAUCUUCUACAGAACGCAGAGACUGAAAUAACGCAGGUGGCCAUCACCUACCUCUCUUUCUCUAGUGGCAGAUCAUCGGAUUCAGGGGAAUACACCCAUCAACAGCAGGAGUACCCCCUUCACCACUAUGUUGCACAACAUUGGAUGUCUCAUGCCUCUGCAGCUCUCGCAGAAUCAAAUCAAUCAGAAAAACUGAUAAAUUUCAUCCUCCAAUUCCUCAACAAAGAAUCCAAUGCCUUCGCAGCUGGUCAGGCUAUGAUAUCGCAGUCAUACCCUAUUCUGGGUGACGAGAAAAAUCAUCCAGUUGCCUAUGGUGGACUGACAGAGAUGACUUCCAGAUACAUCGACUCAAACGAGGAUAUUAUAAAAACCGAGGACUCAGAAUGCAAAACACCACCGCCAUACGCUGCACAAAGAGGCCAUCUAGACGUUGUCGAAUACAUCCUCAAGUCCGGAAAUGUGCGCUUCGAAUAGGAAGGAGCGCUAAGACCAAACACCAUUGCUGCAGACAGUCUAAUGGAUGCAAAGAAUUAGUCGAUAUUUUGUUUUCAUCGGACACUAGAGAUAGUAACUUUGGAUGCUCCUCUCCUCUAUGUGGCGCUACAUUGAGGAUGAGCUGUCAUUUACCUCCAUUUCCGAAAUCCCGUCAUAUUACCCUAGGCCAAUUUGUAAUAUACGUUGGAAACUAUCCACCUUUCCAGUUACUCCUGUGCCCUGGAAAUACUUUUCUGGUCUAGUUAGGGACUUUCAGUCAAUAUAUAUGGAAACCGGU